UAAGAGUCCAACAGCAACAAGCAGUAACAUAAAACCCCGCUCUUACCCCGUGCCUUCGGCCAGCUCUUUCCCAAACGUAUCUAAUCGACAGCAUCAUCGAGCUGAAGACCAUACGCUACUCAACCGAACCACCAACUGGAUAUAUUUGUAGUUGGCAACUUUACGCUACCAUGUGGUGUGAGAACUGUGGCAAACAACGGUCGCACUACCACCAAAUAGGAACGGCCAACGCCAAAUACUGUCAACGAUGCCGACAGAGAGGAACGAAGGCAGAUACAUACUGCCGGUACUGCAGCAAACCAAAAAGACAGGCAAACUCUGUAUGCGACGUUCAUGGCGUAAACAUGAGUGACGAUGGGACCGCCAGUAGAAGCCCGAGUCCCCCUACCAGGAGCCCAAGCCCUCCAACAAGAAGUCCCAGUAGAAGCCCGAGUCCCCCUACCAGGAGCCCAAGCCCUCCAACAAGAAGUCCCAGCUUCUCCACAAGAAGUCCAAGCAAUGCAGGCUCAAGGGAUAGCGAGAGCGAGAUAAAUCGAACGUGCCAUUUCUGCAACCUGAUUUUCAGCGAUCGAAACGGCAAGGAGGCUCACAAUACUUAUUACACUUCGGGGUGCGAGAAGCAUGCAACGUGUUUUCCGGCUAAGGAUAAUUACAGUCAUGCGAGGCAGAAGUACCAUACUCAGUGCUUCGUGCCGGGGUGCGAUUCCAAGUAUACGGAGCCGGAUUUGGAAUGGGAUGAUGACACGAUCGAGCGGCAUGUUAGGGCAAGGCAUUAGAGAUCUUGGGGGGUUGGAGCAGGGAAGGCUUGUGUAUUUUAUAGCUAGGUAAU